AUGGGAACUGGCAAAGAUCGGGAUGAGAUCUGGGUUUCGAAACAAGUCUGGCGGGACCUGACUGAUCGGAACAUCCGUGAUGAUGUUGCGCUCAUGUCGAUCCCUCCCACCGUACACGACCGCGUAGCGUUGGAAGAGGAAGAGCAGAUUGCGGAAGAAGAGGCUAUCACUGCUAAAUCGAACAUCACAAGGGCUUGA